AUGAGGUUUAGCAUGAGCCUGCAUCUCAGCCCUGAAGACCUGAGUUCGGUCGAAGAUAUUGAGCUUAACUGUUCAAAACAUAUCUCUGUUGUCAACGAUAUCUAUAGCUGGGAAAAGGAGUUGAAGGCUUCCCAGAUAGGCCAUAAAGAAGGGUCCGCCUUAUGUUCAUCCGUGUCAGUCUUGGCUUCGGAGACUAGCCUGGACUAUUCGGCGUCGAAGCGCAUCUUGUGGAUAAUGUGUCGCGAAUGGGAGCUUCUGCAUAGUAAGCUGGCCACUAGUAGAAUUUCUAGUGCUGGGGGCUGUGGUUCAGACUUGCAGGCGUUUAUAAAAGGCUUGGAGUAUCAAAUGAGUGGGAAUGAGGCAUGGAGCAGCAUUACACCGAGAUACCAUUCGGUUUAG